CCGACCCCGGCCCCAGCGCCUGUCUCUCCGCGGGGCUGCACAAGAGUGUGGCCGUGGGUCGGGCGGGCGGGCGCGGUUACACCGCGAAGGGCCCUUCGCCGGGUGGCUGCCCGGGGUGAGCUGGACCUGCGGGGCUGUUGUGCCGAGGAAGAAUUUUAUUUAAAUAGAGAAACAACCCUCAGAAAUGGCCAAUGUGCUCUGUAACAGAGCAAGACUGGUGACCUAUCUACCAGGAUUUUACUCCUUGGUCAGAAGGCUUGUAAAUCCCAAGGCUUUUUCCACAGCAGGAUCUUCUGGCUCAGAUGAGCCUCAUGUUGCUGCUGCACCUCCUGAUAUAUGUCCAAGAACUGUGUGGCCAGAUGAAGUAAUGGGACCGUUUGGUCCUCAGGACCAGAGAUUCCAGCUCCCGGGUAAUAUAGGUUUCGAUUGUCACCUAACUGGUACAGCUUCUCAGAAGAAAACACACGUUCAUAAAAGUUUGCCUGAUAUAUUAGUGGAGCCCUUAUCAAGUGAGAGACAUGAAUUUGUGAUGGCACAAUACAUAAACGAGUUUCAGGGCACUGAUGUCCCUCCUAAACAGCAAAUAAAUAAUGCUGAAACAUACUUUGAAAAUGCUAAGAUAGAAUGUGCAAUACAAACUUGUCCCGAACUGUUACGAAAAGACUUUGAAUCAAUGUUUCCAGAGGUGACUGCCAAUAAUCUAACAGUACUAACCAUAACUCAGAAAACUAAAAAUGAUAUGACUAUAUGGAGUGAAGAAGUGGAAGAUGAGAGAGAAUUGUUAUUAGAAAACUUCAUUAAUGGUGCCAAGGAAAUUUGCUAUGCACUGUUGUCUGAAGGCUAUUGGGCUGACUUUAUUGAUCCAUCAUCGGGAUUAGCGUUUUUUGGACCAUACACGAACAACACACUGUUUGAAACAGAUGAACGCUACCGCCAUUUAGGAUUCUGUGUUGAUGACCUUGGCUGCUGCAAAGUUAUUCGUCAUAAUCUUUGGGGUACUCAUGUGGUUGUAGGAAGCAUUUUCACAAAUGCUGAACAUGAUAGCCCUAUCAUGAAGAAAUUAAGUGGAAAAUAGCAACUAUCUUCCAAGUUAAUAUUUGACCUGUGUAUUUUUACUCGAUAAUUUGUCUAUAAACACUGUCAGAAAAUGCCAAGUUUUAGAGUAUGCUCACUUAUAAAUAAUAAAAUAACUGUUAUUUAUUUUAGUCUGCGUGGAAUACAUAUUCACCACGAUUUACAAUAUUAAUAGGUAUGCAGAUAUGCCAUAUGAUUUUUAAGCUGCAAGUUACCCUUGUCCUGAGUUGAUUGAAAGUAUAACACCAAGCAUAAUUCAGCCCCCUACUGGUUGUUAAUUGAAAUGCCUCUAGCUAUCCAUGUUAACAAGAUCACUCUGAGCUCAUAACUGCCAGGCUGUGGAGAUGGACCUACUCUGUUCUGAGGGUCUUGAUGUGCUGUCUAGGCAUUCUCUCCACUAUCCAAAACAAUGCCAUAUAUACUUGCUUUGAGUUUUUGGGCCUUAUCCCUGUGAAUAAAAUCCAGAAAUGUUUACAAGAUUAGUAAGCACUGUUAUUUACAAAACCAACUGAAUUAUUGCACAGAAAUUAAAAGAAAUAUCUUGGUAGGCACACAUUUAAUUUUCUAAAAUAAUGCUUGGUCUCUCAGUAAGACUGUAAAUUGUCUUCUUCAAUGAGGAUCUCUACAGCAAUGUAUUUUCACAAACAUUUUAUUGCAGAAAUAAAUUAUUUUUUUUCAUUUGUGGAA